UAGCGACUGGCACUCUAGUUUUUUAGUCUAUGGUUGAGCAGCCAUUUGUUAUCCUUGCUAAAGUUUCCGUGUAAAGUCUGAUCAAAAUGCUGAAAUCAGCUUCUGGUGCACUGGCCAAUGUCCUGAGAAGGUCCCUGGUGCCGGCGACGAGGGCCAGCGCGGUGCCCCUGAGGCGGUCGCACGGCGGCCCCGUCGAAUCCGAUGAGGAUUUUGAUAGCAGAUAUGAGCUAUUCUUCAACAGGAAAGACAUUGAUGGAUGGGAAAUCCGCAAAGGUAUGAAUGACCUGUGCGGUAUGGACCUUGUCCCCGACCCAAAGAUCAUCAAGGCAGCGCUGCACGCCUGCAGGAGAGUUAAUGACUACGCACUCGCCAUCAGGUUCCUUGAGGCCUGCAAAGACAAGUGUGGCCCCAAAGUCAAUGAAAUCUACCCUUACAUCAUCCAGGAAAUUAAGCCCACGUUAACAGAGCUUGGCAUUGAGACACCAGAGGAGCUUGGCUACGACAAACCAGAACUAGCUUUAGAGAAUGUUUAUGACAUGUAAGGUCGCCGUUAAAUAUCAAAUUAAGCUGUAGAGAAUUUGUAUAAUAGUUUUGUUGUCGAGUUUUUACUUUACUUUUAAAUGUGAGAAGCUGCGUCUUCAACUAGUAGUAUUCUUGUUCCAUCAUUCAAAAAUCGACAUGCUUGUCUAAUGUUUAUACAUUAGAGAAUAUGCUAUAAUUA